AUGGUCUAUAACAACCGGUGUCUCUGUAUUGCCCAAGAACUUGGAAACAAGGCUGGGGAAGGGGUUGCCUGUGGCAAUUUAGGCAGAGUUUCCCAAAGUAUUGGUGACUACAUGAAAGCCAUAGAUUGGCACAAACAACAGCUUAGAAUUGGUAAAGAAAUAGGAGACAAAGAAAUGCUAGGCAUAGCCUACUAUAAUAUUGGACAAUGCUUUGAGAUGCUGAAACGUUUACCUGAAGCACUCGAAAGUUACCAAACAAGCGUUAAAGUGUUUAAUGAAAUGAGAAGUCUCCUCCAGUCUGAAGAUCGGUGGAAGAUUGGAUUUCGGAACGAAUAUAACCAUGCUUACACAGGUCUCUGGAGAGUUUUGUUAAAACAAGAAAAGAUUGGUGAAGCUCUGGCUGCUGCCGAAGAAGGUCGGGCCCAGUCACUAGCUGAUCUUAUGACAUCCCAGUAUGGUUUAAAAGAAUGUCAAUACAAAGGAAAACCACUAGAAGAACAGGAAUUUGGCAUGUUGAACCACACUUUAUCAAGUACCAUAUUCUUAGCUGUAGACGUGGUGGAAAACAAAGUAAAUAUCUGGGUAAUUUCAAAAGAGAAACCCCUAAUUCACCAAGAGAAGACACUUGGCCGUCAUUGUACAAAGUUUUCAGCUGAAACAUUACAGUCCUUGAUUCAAUUUGCCUACGAAAAGAUUGGUGUUCGUGCUAAAGCUAACUGCGAAAAUCGGUCUUUAGAUGUGUUUCGCGAAAACUGCUCUGCUGUGGAGCGGUCAUCCAAAAAGAGCUCACAGCCCAUUCUCCAAGAAGAUAUUCAUCCCUUGUCAGCUUUGUUCAGCUACGUGAUUGCCCCGAUAUUAGAUCUAAUUGAUGGCGAUGAGCUAAUAAUUGUUCCGGAUGGUCCAUUAUGGCUUGCUCCGUUUGCUGCAUUACUGAAUCCGUUUUCCAAAUACCUGUAUGAAUCAUUCAAAGUCAGAAUAAUUCCUUCACUAACAAGUUUGAAAAUUAUUGCUCAUUGUCCAAAAUUCCACAGCAGUAGUGGAGCUCUAGUUGUAGGAGAUCCAGACAUGAGUGAAGUUACCAACAGACAAGGAGAUCAGAUCCUGGAGCAGCUUCCUUUUGCCAGACAAGAAGCACAGAUGAUCGGACAGAUUCUUAAUACGGCACCUCUCACUGGAAAAUUAGCCACCAAAUGUGAAGUGCUAAAACAGAUUAGUUCGGUUGCCGUAGUACACAUUGCUGCACAUGGACGCAUGGAAACCGGAGAGAUUGCGUUGAGCCCGAAUCCUGAAAGGGAAUCACAAACCCCUGCAGAAGAGGAUUACAUGUUGACAAUGGCAGAUGUGAUGAGUGUGAAGCUGCGAGCCAAGCUAGUUGUACUUAGUUGCUGUCACAGUGGUCGGAGAGAGAUCAAAGCUGAAGGCGUGGUCGGUAUUGCACGUGCCUUUUUUUGGUGCCGGUGCUCGUUCUGUUCUGGUGUUCCUGUGGGCCAUCGAUGA